AUGAAUUUUGAUACUUUAUUAAAAUAUAUUUACAAUGAUGAAAAUAUUAUUUCAAAAAUUACAACAUAUGAUGAAACAAAAUCUAUUGAAUUACAAUGGCCACGAUCAAAUUUAAUUUUAUUAAAUAACCAAAUAUUUUUACCAUAUAAAGAACUAUCAUCACAAAAUAUUGAUCAUCUACUACAAUGGAUAAUAGGAAAAAUUUUAACGUUCUAUUACCAUCGAAUUCAUAUGAGUAAUGACAUAAAAAUCAUCGAAGAAAUCGUUCAUCUAUUCAUGAAUACUUUAAAAAUAUGUGUUUUAAAAUAUAAAAAUGAUCAUGAAGUUUUAUGUGAGAAAAAUAUAAAUUUAACAAAACUAUUAUAUUUAUUUCAUUAUUCACGUUUAUUUGUUGAUAAUGAACAAAUAGAAAAUAUUAUACUGAAACAUCGUGUUCGAUCAUAUAUCGAUUUAUUUGAUGUUGUUUUUGAUAAUAUGAAUAAAUGUAAAAAUAAUAAUCAUAUUUAUAUUAUUAAUAUGAACUAUGAUUUUCAUGUAGAAUUUUUUAAAAAUACUAUUAUAAAAUCAAAACGUUUUUUAUCAUCAUUAUUAACAAUAUGUAAUGAUAAAUAUAAUAUGGAUAUCAAUGAAGAUUCAUUAAUUGAAGAAAUAAAUAUUAUUGAAAAUAAAUUAAAUGUAUAUAACAUUAAAUUACCUAUAUUUGGUUUCUAUGGAUUAAAUUAUAUGAUUUAUCAAAAUAAACAAGAAUUAGCUGAACCAACAUGGUCAACGAAAAUAAGGAAUACAAGAUUACUUGUAAAUUUGAUACAUGAAUUUUUUUAUCUAUUUCUAACAUCUUAUUCAAAUGAUUUUUUUUGUGGUAUACCUCAUCGAAUCGAAUCAUUAGAAGGUGGAUAUUUAUUUGAAAAACAAUUAAUUGGUACAAUUAAAUAUAAUUUCUGGUAUGAUGAUAGUUGUUGUCAAUUAUUAUUUGAUGUAAAUACAUGGUUAUCAUUAACAGAUAAUUGUAUAUUUACAGAUGAUAUAUUAAAGAAAUUGAAUAAUUUGUCUCAAAUGAAUACAAACUAUGUUAGAGAUAUUCCAAAUAUACAAUAUUUUGGAAUUGAAUAUGGUGUUAAUACACAACCUACAUAUGAGUAA